GAGCACUUCCGGUUUCCUCUCGGCUGCCUCCCGCCCCGCUCCGCCAUCAUGAAGUCCUGAACAAAAAAAAAAAAAAAAAAACGGACGAGAGCCGAGCAAAAUGGGGACACCACGGAGCGGAGGGGAAGCUCGGCGACAGCGUUAGCGAGAUGUCAACGCGGUUCGGCGAAGGGAGCGGAGCGGCGGGUUUUAACGAGCCGGUCUCUCGCUCAAUAUAAAACAAAAAAAAGAAAGAAAAAAAACGUCUUUUCCCGCUGCUGCCGUUGACGUUGUUCUGCUAGCAGCGGCGCUAACAGCAGCCUUGGCCCGGAUUUUUUUUUUUUUUUCCCUGCCGUUUCUCUCCGGCACACGGCUGCGCUCGUGCGGUUUAGCUGGCAGCUGGUUGGUCGGCUCGCUGUCACAGCCCGGACUGGCUGGACGCUUCCCCCAUGACAAGUGGCACCGAGGUGCUAGCUGCUGGGCGCACCGGGAUGGCUGGGGGGUCGGCUGGAACCAGGAUGGGCGGACGGAGUGUGGUCUGCCCGUGUUGAGUAGACCGCCGCAGCCGAGGAGGAGAGGAAGGGGACCGGAGGGGGGGGGGGGAGAAACGAGAUUUUCCUGCCAGGCCAGUCAGCUAGCUCCAGAGCUAGCUACAGUGGAUCCCAUAAGCCACGGCGCUGGCCAUGCCGUCGAGUGUGCGGGCCGGGAGCCUGAAGGACCCGGAGGUGGCGGAGCUGUUCUACAGGGAGGACCCGGAGAAGCUCUUCACGGACCUGAGGGAGAUCGGCCAUGGGAGCUUCGGGGCGGUCUACUUCGCCCAUGAUAUCCGCACCAAUGAGGUGGUGGCGAUCAAGAAGAUGUCCUACAGCGGCAAGCAGUCCAAUGAGAAAUGGCAGGAUAUCAUCAAGGAAGUGAAGUUCCUGCAGAAGCUGCGCCACCCCAACACGGUGGAGUACCGGGGCUGCUACCUGAGAGAGCACACGGCCUGGCUGGUGAUGGAGUACUGUUUGGGUUCAGCCUCUGACCUGCUGGAAGUCCACAAGAAACCGCUCCAAGAGGUGGAAAUAGCUGCCAUUACCCACGGUGCUUUGCAGGGGCUGGUCUAUCUGCAUUCUCACAACAUGAUUCACAGGGAUGUGAAAGCAGGAAACAUCUUGCUAACAGAACCGGGUCAGGUCAAGCUGGGAGAUUUCGGCUCUGCUUCUAUUGUUGCUCCAGCCAACUCCUUCGUUGGAACACCUUACUGGAUGGCCCCCGAGGUGAUCCUCGCCAUGGACGAGGGCCAGUACGACGGGAAGGUGGAUGUGUGGUCACUUGGCAUUACCUGCAUAGAGCUGGCGGAAAGAAAGCCUCCUCUGUUCAACAUGAAUGCUAUGAGUGCCUUAUACCACAUCGCCCAGAACGAGAGCCCCGUGUUGCAGUCGAAUCACUGGUCAGAUUAUUUCCGCAAUUUCGUGGACUCCUGUUUGCAAAAGCUCUCCCAGGACAGACCUACCUCUGAUGUGCUGCUCAAGCACCACUUCCUAUGCAGAGAGCGUCCGAUGACGGUUGUGAUGGACCUGAUCGCUCGAACCAAGGACGCCGUCCGUGAGCUCGACAACCUGCAGUACCGCAAGAUGAAGAAGAUCCUGUUUCACGAGGCUCACAACGGCCCGGCGCCAGAAGGAGGUGACGAGGAAGAGGAUGUGGAAGGGUACAUGUUGCGCACCGGCACAGUAAACAGCAUGGAGAGCUCCCACUCCCUGCCCUCCAUGUCCAUCAGCGCCAGCUCCCAGAGCAGCUCCGUCAACAGCCUGGCGGACGGUUCGGACGACAGCGGGGAGAUGGCCAUGAUGCAGGAGGGGGAGCACACCGUCACCUCCAACAGCUCCGUCUUGCACAAACCGCUGAGUCACGACAACAUCUACGAUGAUCCCUACCAGCCAGAGGUCGACUCGCAGCGAGAAGCUUCGUCUGGCGGCGGCGGCGGGGGGGGAGGCGGCAGACGGCGACGGCGAGACCACUUUGCCACCAUCAGGACCGCCUCGCUGGUCACUCGUCAGAUCCAGGAGCACGAGCAGGGGUCGGCUCUCAGGGAGCAGAUGUCCGGGUACAAACGCAUGAGGCGGCAGCACCAGAAGCAGCUGAUGGGUCUGGAGAACAAGCUGAAGUCGGAGAUGGACGAGCACCAGCUGAGGCUGGAUAAGGAGCUGGAGAACCAGAGGAACAAUUUCUCAAUGGAGCUGGAAAAACUGUCGAAGAAGCACCAGGCUGUCCUGGAGAAGGAGAUUCCCGGUUCUGUUCAGACAAAGGCGGUGCUGACGGAGGAGAAGAAGUUCCAGCAGCACAUCCUGGGCCAGCAGAAGAAGGAGCUGACCAGCCUGCUGGAUUCCCAGAAGCGGCAGUAUCGACAGCGCAAAGAGCAGCUCAAAGAGGAACUGAACGAGAACCAGUCCACGCCAAAGCGAGAGAAGCAGGAGUGGCUGGUGCACCAGAAGGAGUGCAUGCAGCAGCUGCAGGCAGAAGAAGAAGCGGGCCUGCUGCGGAGGCAGAGGCAGUAUUACGAGCUCCAGAGUCGCCAGUACAAGAGGAAGAUGCUGCUCGGACGCCACAACCUGGAGCAGGAUCUGCUCAGAGAGGAGCUGAACAAGAAGCAGACUCUGAAGGACCUGGAGUGCGCCAUGCUGCUGCGGCACCACGAGUCGACCCAGGAGCUGGAGUUCCGCCAGCUGGGCGUCGUGCAGCGGACGCGGGCCGACCUGAUCCGCACGCAGCACCAGACGGAGCUCACCAACCAGAUGGAGUACAACAAGAGGCGCGAGCAGGAGCUGCGGCAGAAACACGCCGUGGAGGUCCGCCAGCAGCCCAAAAGCCUCAAAGUGAGUGAGAGCGGCCAGAGCCGGGCUUCUCCUGAGGAGGGUCCGGGCGGCAGCUGGGACGACGAGGCGAUGCCGGGGGACGGCGGGUUAGAAGGGGAAGAAGGGGUGAUUGAGAUGGACGUGUGUGAGGAUGAGCCGGAUGGAGCUGUGGAGCUCAGAGAUGAGGAAGAUUUUAGGGAACAGGAAGUGGAAGGAGGGCUAGUGACCGAGGCUGAAGGGAAGUGUGAGAUCGAUGAGGAGGUCAGUGAAAGGAAGGGAAGUGACGCGAUAGAAGAUGAGGAGAGGGAGGUGGAGGGGGUGCAGUGGGAGUACGAGGAAGAUCACAGUGAAAUAUGUCAUGUUGAGAGUGAUGAAGAGGAGGAAGAGGGCAGGGGCGUGGCCGACGGCUGCCCCUCGGAGCUCAUCUCCUCCCCAGAAAGGAGACGGCAGCAGCGCGAGCUCGACGACCUGUGCGAGUUUUAUUUCCCCGACACCCCGGAGGAGCUGGAGGCCGUUCCCGUCUCCGCUCCCCCUCCCUCCGCCCCCGCCCAGACCUCCUUCCCCUCCCUCUUUUCCCACGCCAUCUGCCUGCUCCUCUCCCUCUCUGCCGCCGCUCAGCCCUCCAACCUCACGCUGAUGCCGCUCUCCAUCUUCCUCCUGUCGCUGCGCCGCUCGCCGCCGCUGCCCUCCGUGGCCUCGGUGGUGCUGUCGGCCGAGCUCGCCUUCCUGGCGCUCUUCUUCUCGUACCUCCUGCUGCGCUCCUGCUGCUCGCUCUCCCUCUCCACCUUCCUGUCGCUCAGCCUGUGGGGCAGCGGCCUCUUCAGCCUGGGCCUCUCCUUCAGCCUGGGCAUCUACUACAUCCCCAUCAUCCUGAUCUCCGCCUCCGUCCUCAGCUCCCCCUCCGUCUUCCUCUCGCUCUAUCUGCUCGUGGUGCUCGUCGUCCGACCGGCCCGCAGCUUCUUCCAGCAAGCGCCCCGUAAGCUCAACCGCCUGUGCAUGCGCGUGCUUUUCCGCCUGCCCCGCCCGCUGUUCGCCAUGUGCCAGUCGGUGCUGGGCGGCAUGGCCGAGCGGAACCUCUACGAGAUGUUCCCCAAGGCCGGCCGCAACUGGGGCGUGCGGCAGUCCAGGAUCCCCGUCCCUUUAAAGAGCCUGCCGUCGGAGCACCGCGCUCGCUGCAGCGGCUCCUCCCGCCUGGCCGACCUGCUCCUGUGGGUCAGGCGCUUCGGCAGACGCCCGCUGGGGGUCCUGGCCGACUUCGCCAACGCCGUGAUCCUAAAACUGGCCAGGAAGGCGGUGAGGAACCUGCCGUGCCGCGUCGGGGCUAAACUGCGAGCCCUGGGCCUCCUGAAGAAGGAGCUGCCCAGCAGGCUGCCCCGGCUGCUGCCCCGGGAGGUCCGAGAGAGCAGGCAGAGGGAGAGGAGGAGGAGGGAGAGGAAGAGGAGGGAGGAGAGGGAGAGGAUGUGUCGCGACGAGGCGAGAUGGGAGUGCGGGCUGAGGCGAACGGCGUCUGGAAGGUUUGUGAGGGGAAAAAUCCGGCCGUGGCGAUAGCGGAGAGCGUCGGGUCGGAAAAAGCAGCAAAAUCCAGUGAAUCUUUAUUAUUUCCUUUUAAUGUGCUUUUUGUAAAAGUUCCUUGAACCUCCAUCGACUUUAUUAUGUUGUUCUUAAUUUCUAAGAAGAAUCUUUUUAUGGUUAUUUUAAGACCGUUUUGUGUUGUUUUUUUUGUUUUCUUGGUGCAAUCCUGUGUUUUUUUUUCUUUAUAGCCGUCUUAUGUGUGCACUAGGCUGCCAGUGCCCAGAACAAAUCAGUGACAGUGUUAACGCCGUGAAUGAUGGGAUUUUACUCCUGAUGAAAAAAAACAAAAACACACAAAAAAAAGCUGUGAAAAAAAAAAAAAGGAAGGUUAUGAUUUCACUAAGACCACCAUGAACACUAGCGACCCGUCACAAUAAAGGUGCAAUAAACGGCGACGGCCAGAUUCACGGUUACGUCCGCUGAAGGAAAAAAAAAAAGCUUCAAAUUAAAUCCAGCUUUUAUUCGGGUUGCACAACGUCGCACUGAGAAAUUUAGAAAAAUCCAACCUUUAAUCUUUAAUCUUUUUUUUUUUGUUCUGUGGGGGAAAACUCUUCAUGUUAAAAUGAGGCCCACAGCAUCACAGGUCCUCCGUCGUGCUUUUCUACAUUUCAAUCUUGAUCUAAACAGGCAAGUAGCUGUUUUCUCGUAGCUUUUCUCCGCAUCAACAUGUUUUCUCCUGUUUCCCAUUUUGAAUAGUGGAAGAGUUUCAAUUCGUCCUCCUACCCCAGAGACACAGGAGCUAAUGGACAAUUAAAGUUUUUAAAUAUGCGGGUCAAUUUUUAGGAAUAGUUUGAGGUGCCCAGAAUCGAAAAUGAUUUUUAUUUACUUUAUUUUUUAUUUUAUUUGCAUGACGGAUCCUCCACCAUACUCAACAGCGUGCUUUUCCACAUGUUGCUCCGACUGCAGAAAUUAGCAGAUUUUUUGGAGAAGCCUAAAUUAUGAAGACAAACGCACAUCAAGCUUUUUUUUUAUUAUUGGCAUGUUCUCUUGUUUUUCCCAUUUUGAAGAGAUAUUUCUAAGCAUUGCAUCACAUUUAUUUCCCAGGUAAUAAAUUAAUUCAAAAUUCUCAGAUACACUUUACACAACAAAGCCUAAAAUUAAAAAUAUAAUUUAGUUAAAAAGAUUUUUAUUAGAUUUGUUUGGAGACCCAAUAAAUUUAGUGAGAAUCUUUUUUUUAAUUAUUAUUUCUUAGUUUGGGACUCACAAUAAAUGGAUUUAAAUAAAAAGUUGGAUGUUUCGAAAAAAUUUCAGUGAGAUUUUCUGCACCGAUUAAAAGAUGAAUUUAAUUUUGAGCCAUUAAAAUAAAUCAAUAUAUCAAAGUGCCAAUAAAAUGUGGCCUUGGACUGCAUCUUUACGCGGCAUGAGACGCUGUUCAAAGUGGUAAAUAGUUGCUUUUUCAGGUCUUCUAUAAAUGCUAGGUUCGGUUUUUCAUGUUUAAAACUGUUUUCUACGUCAAGCUGGUGAAAUCGGCCGUCUUUUCCAACCGCCUGUAGGUGUGUUAUCUUAUUGCGCUCGAUGCAAUAGUCGUGUAAUGAUUUACCAUGUAAACAUUUCCCCUUUAACGUAGUUAAAAAAAGAAAAGUGCCUCCUUUUUAAACUGUUUGCACAAAUCCGAGUCUGUUGUGAAGAGGCGUAGAGUAGAAGUAGGAUGAAACGUAUAAAAAUAUAUCUAGUUGUACUUAAAGCAUAAUAUAAAGACGACGUAUUUAAUAUAUCAGCAUGACUUGAUUUUAUUGAAGCCAUAUUGCGAUGACAAUCUUUUGAGAAAUCCGGGGCCAGAUCGCUUUAAGCUGACCGAGCAGCUCGUUAAAUGUCCAAAAAUAGCAACUUUUCCCGUCGCACCUUCCUAAAGGUGCUUUAUUUUUUUUUUUAUAAAAGGACGCCAAAGGUCAUUUCAGCAUGUGGGACUAUUCUCAUAAGUCAUUAAUCUGAGUUUUGUUUAAAGUCCUUAAGUCUUUCAACAACAGUGCAGCUACACUUUUCAUAUUAUUUUUGUUUUAAUGUUAUCAGGAACCAAAGAUAUUCAGUGACCAAGCAUAAAUGUUUUAAAGGUAAAAGCCUCCUCUGUUUUAAGAAGCUAAAACCAAAUACUGUAUAAUUUAUUUUAUUGUUUUGUUUUUUUGUUUUUUUUUUUAGACCGUUUGCUUAAAAACAAACUUAAAUGUCUGCAGAGCUCCUAGUUUUCCUGCAGGCGUUUGUUUUUCGCUUCUAGCAGAAACGUCACAAUGAUGAGCUUCCACUUGGAUCAGGUAGAUUGUGCAGGAAUGCAUCGAUAAGUGAAGGAAUAAAAAGCUGUUUGUGCAGCACGAAGAAAUUUGGGGACCUUAGAAUUAAAAAUAAAAAAAGCCGAGUUUUAGCUGCAAUUACCCCGAAGUCGAGCUCUGCUUGUUUGAAUGUAACCGGUUUGCCUUUUGAUUUCCGUCUUUGUUCAGUUAUCACCUGUUCACUUAUGUUUACAUGUUGCAUGACUGAGUUUUGACUUCCCAAAGUUCUUUUUUAUUAUUUUAUUUUUUAUUUUAUUUAUGCAGCAGUAGAAGCUGCAUCGUGUUCGGCGCUCUUCUCUCUCAGCCGCGGGACUGAAGGAGGCAUUCUGUACGGCUCUCGAGCAUCGAGAAACCUUUUUUUGUUAUAUUUAGAUUUUCAUUUGCACAGAAAUAAAUUUGUUUGUUUUGAAAUCA